AUGAUGAACAACAGGCAAGGCCGCUAUUCGGAAAUGGUGGAGGAACUGGUACGGGAGAAACUCGUGGCGACUCGGCUUCAGAAUCCUUUCAUGGUGUUGAGCAACGACGAAAAGAUCUGGGCAUUGCAACUCAAACUGGCGGCGCAGCAGGAGCAAUCAUCCAGUAAUGAUGAAGAUGAUAACGAAAUGUUUAAUCUGUCUGACUUUGAGUAUGCGCAGCAUGCCAUAAUCGCACAAGGUAACAUUCAGGAGGCGAUGGAUCGAAUAGAAGGAAUGCACCACUUUCGUAAGGAAUACGGCAUUGAUCAUAGUGGUGAUCAGAUUGCCUAUUAUCUUCAAGAAAUAAUGAAGCAACAACCGGGAUAUUUGCUGCAUCUAGAUAACAACCCAAAUACGAACGACGGAGUGAUUGCCAUUGAUGCCGCUAGGUGGGAUCCCGUGAAAGCUCUGACGCAUGAUACCAACAAUGCGAACAAAGAUCCCGAGUUUAAUUGGAAAGUCUCAUUGAUUGGAGUCUACUAUAUGCACUAUGUGGUGCAACCAAGUCUGGCAUCGAUCCGGCAGGGCCUUUUGACACUUGUCGAAUGCGAUGGAGUGUCCUGGAGAAACUUUAGUAUCCAAUGGGACAAUCGCUUUCACGGCGAAAUGUUUGGUAACUUGCCCGUGAAAUUCAAGGCUUGUUUGGCGUACAACACGUCCAUGAUUGCCAAUCUGGUAUUCAGCAUGAUGAAGCCCAUCAUGCCAAAGUCCAUGAAAGAUAGCCUGCAUUUGGGAUGCUCUCUCUUGGGGUCGGAUGAGGCUCCCACCAACCUCCGACUGGGCGACGUAUACCUCCAACCUUCACGCGAGGUGGUGCAACGAGCCAUUGUACAACGUGCCAUGGGUCUCACAGCCCAACGGCGCUUUCACGAGAUGACUUUCAAAUUGGAGUAA